UCUUGGUUUGAUUCCCUAACCUGUCCAGGUUGUACAUACUGUUACAGCGGCAUCAGGAGGAAGACUGUUCUCAACAUGCCUCUGCUGCCCAACCUGGACCUGAAAAACGACCCGGUAUGAACACACACUCACUCACUCAGGGGAAAGCCUGACCCCCAAUUUCCACUGCAUCCAGAACGGCUACGAAAAGGCUGUAUCCGCUGAUCGUUGCUGAUUGUAACCAAGUUAACGUGUCAAUUUCCACCGGCUUAUUUCCGUUCCACUGCGAAUAGUCGGACUCUACAGCUGUUAACAAGAGUUUUUUUUUUGGACCCUGGAGCAUGCCAGACAGAUUCAGCACGUAUUAACCCGUACUGGAAAGGAAGUCGGGCACAGACACAAAAUAAAAUAUCCGUCUUCUUUCAAAAUAAAACACUCAGUGUUUCAGGAGGAUCGUAUUUCACACCAUGCAAACGGGCGGAGACGAACAAGGAAAAGGUUUUUAGACGUCAUUUCACCCCGAUGACACCAUGGAUGAGGAGAUGCUGAUUCUGGAAGUCUAGAAGUAGAUUUCCUCCUCUGGAAGGACACAAUCUACUGCUUAUAUUUCUAUGUGUCUGUCUUUAUAGAAACAACUUGUUAUUGCGCCAUUACAUGUGAAUCCGCGGGUUUGUUUGAGUUCUCAUGCUUCUGCUAUCCGCCACAAAAUUCGCCUCACAAACAGAUCCGGUAGGAAUUGGCGGACGGAGCCAUUCCGGAUGCAGUGAAAAUUGGGGGUGGGGGCUCAUUUAGAAGUUUAUAUAAAGCCUGUCUCCCAUAGGUCGCAGUAUUACUAAGGCCUAAGAACCAGGAACAGCUUUCUGAUGGUCAAACCCACAGGAACAGGACCUGGAUUUUAGUAAAGUAGACCUCAUCAGUCAUCCUCCUCUUCUUCUGUGUCUCCAGGCUGAGCUGACUGAGCUGGUUCAGACUUACAAACAGGAAGUGACAGAAGCGGCGUGUGAGCUCAUCUGUGAUUGGGCACAGAAGAUCCUGAAGCGUUCGUUUGACACGGUGGUGGAGAUCGCUCGGUACCUGAUCCAGGAGCACAUCGUCAACCCUCGCUGCAGCCAGGCGGAGCUGGUCACCUCUGCGGCGCUUGCAGGUAUGCAUGCAGUCAAAGAUUGUGUAUGUGUGUGUGUGUGUCGUCGAGCAGUAUGUUAAUUUGUCGAUCCGUCGAGUGGAAUGAAACAAAAACAGUCCGAGUGUGUCUGUCUGCAGGAGGUCCGGCAAAAACACACAAAGUCAUCAAGAAAACACCGGUUAUCCCAAAAGCUGAGGGCGAAGGAACCGAUCAGAGGGUGAGCUUGCCUGUUCCUGUCCAAUUGCUGAUCAAUGACUGAUCAGCUGUUUCUAGUGUUACUGUUUCCUGUCUGUCCGCAGAGGGACCUCGGAGACUCUUCCUCCUCGUCUUCACUCAAACUUCCAUCAGGGGACAAAUCAGCUGCAGCCAAAUCUUCCUCCCUGGACUCUCCGCCUCCUCCCUCCUCUUCCUCCUCUUCUCUUCGUCCUGCUGUAGGUUAAUCUCCAGUGUCUGUUUUCUUCAUCUAGAUGUUGUUGGUCUCCUUCACUCAGCAUUCUCUGUGCCGCAGGUUGAGGCCUUCAUGAAGCAGUUACCCAGAAUCCUCCCUCGCAGCUCCAUCCCUGAUAAGACCCAGCUCUCGGUCCGCUCCUCUCCGCCCUCGCUGGCUCCCAAAGACGCCUCAGGUGUAGGAGGAGCUUCUGGACCCGGAGGCCCGGCAGCUGCUGCUGCCGCAAGUGGUGGUGGAGUGAAGGUCAUUGCCAUGGCAAGACUGCCGCAGCAGCAGGGCGCCCCCGUCCCAGUGGUGAUCCUUCCUCAGGGGUGUCUGUAUGAGAGGGAGAAGGUGGCGCCCCCUCAGCCACCUCCUUCUCAGCAGCAGCACGGCCCUGCAGCCCCCACUUCAGUGGUGCAGAAAGCCCGAGCCAGCACCAGCAAGCGCCCCCUGGAGGUGACAUCAGGCGGCGGUGCUGCGGGUCUGUCUGGUGGCUCCGCUGUUAACACUCCACCUGUGAAACGGAAACGUGGACGACCGAGAAAACCUCGACCAGAGGACACCCUGCCUCCUCCGCCUCCACCUCCAGCACCUGCAGUGCUUCCUCCUCAGCCCGCCCCUCCACCAUCACCCUCACACCCCUCUAUCAUCACCUCCCUGACGGGUGGGGUCAUCCAGAAAGCUUCCUCAUCUUCCUCCUCCUCCUCACAGCCGGUGUUGGAGCUGGUCAUUCAGGACCAGCCUGGGGGUCUGGUUCUAAGCCCCCUGCCAGCCAUGUCAGACCCAUCCCACCGAGGAGUUGUGGUCCAGUGCCAGCCUGGGGGGGCGGAGCCAGACCACCACAGCAGGCCUCUGCUGCUCUUUAGUCCAGGGAACCAGAGCUGGGAGCUGGCAGCGUCUGGACGGACCCCAAUGGUGGAGGUCAUCCAGAAAGCUCCGAGGCCGAGCAAUAACAACAGCAGCAGCAGCACUGCUCCACCUGCAGCACACCUCCACCCUCCUCUUCCUCUGCCCACGCUGCACGAGGAGCGGGGGGAGGUGGAGAUCACACUGACGCCGCUGGAGCUGCCUGUCAGCCAGCCGCUGCCUUCCUCCUCCUCCACCUCCUCUCCUCCUGGUGCUUUCGCUCCGGCCCCCUCCUCCUCCUCCUCCCCCUCCUCCAUCACAGUGAAGAUUGAGGAUGAGGAGCCGGAGGAGAGCUCCUCACAGAGAGAAGGAUGCUAGCGUUCACCUUUUUUCUUUCUUCCUCAUAUUUUUUAUCAGCCACCCCCACCCCCCCCACACCCCACUUAGCUGUUACCUCACCUGAAACAAAGCCCCGCCCCUUUACCUUACCCUUUCCUAAUUGGUGGAAAUCCCAGAUCAGCUCAGAAGAGAGCCAAUCAGAAGGAUAAAUGAAGCCGACUCUCCCUUCAUCAGCUCCCAUUGCACUUGUAUACAGACUGGACGCUUUAGACUCCUGUGAUUCUUUACCUGCAUGUCCGUCCGUCUGUGGCUGAACCCAGAAGAUCCACUCCUCAGGUGGCCGGGACCGAUUUGAACCUUCCUCUCUUCUUUGCUUCCUUCCUUGCCACCUUGUAUCCUUCAUCUCCAGACCACUCUUGUCUAGUUUGGUCACCAUUUGCAGCUCUUGUCCUGCUUCACAUCAGUCCAUUUAUAGAAAAAGAAGAAACCACAGACUGAAGACAGGCGAGGAUAACUGAGAGCAGAAGAAGAGGAGAGGUAGACAGGUCUUCAGCGUGAACUCCAGCCCUGGAUGGAGGUCAGCCUGCAGAGGACAGAUACUGAGGGUACUACGGGUUAGAGCCUUCUGAAGGCUCUUUGUAUUAAAUAAGAAAACAGACCUCUUAAUCAGAGUUCUGCCUGGAUUCACCUUCAGUCCAACUGAAAGCCUCUCCCACACACAGAGAUCUAGAUUGGUGUCUCCUGGUUUAAAGUCAAAAACUGGACAGGACGUGUGGUGAAGGAGGACUGAGGUCCGAAAAGUCCUGAAACAGGGAAUUGAAGGUGGACUCUGGGUUUCUCUGUUCUGAACAGAUCUGUUUUGUGUUGUUUGUGUUGGUGAUGGUUCAGUUCAUAUUUCUAAUUGUCUGCGUGGAUGUUUGCGUGUUUGUGUCUGAGAAAGGGAGGGACGAGAUACCGAAACACAAUCCUCUGAAACCCCCUCACCACAAAAACGGUACCAUCCAUCCUUCAGGACAUGAGCGACGUCACACAUGAUCCAUCUCACACCUCAUUCGCUGAUAAGACAAAUUUUGAUCUCUUUAUUCCAGAUUUCUUUUGUUUUUGUAUCACAGAACAAAUCAGGAGAAAAACAUGAGGCGCAGGCCGUAAAACUUCAAAACUGUUGCUCACGGCUCCAUGUUGUCUGAUUGUUCACCUUGAAGCUUUUUGUACUGACUCAAGCACUUAUUUGGCCUCCAAAUAUCAAACUGUUAAGGGUUAAAAUCUCAAACAGAAACUUAAUGUGGACUUCUGCACACGCUCUGUGCAGAGAUGAACCCACACAAACAGAAGUUUAAUGAUCGUCCCGUUCUCUUUUCAAAGAUCACAUCCACUCAGACACAAAGAGCUAAAGGUAAAUUAAAGAUGCAGUAAAAAAAAAAAAAAAAAGGUUUGUAGGACAUUAGCUUGUGUAGCAGCAAUGCCUGGCUCUGUUUUUGUUGCCUUUCAACUUUUGCACUAACACUUCCUACUUUUAUUCACCCUUGAAACAAUGUCAGGAACAGCAGUGUGAAGUUACCAUGACCAGUCCUAAUCGGAGAUCUUAGUUUCAUUUCGGAUUUUACUUUUUACAUCAACAGGGCUGCUAUGAGCCUAUCACUGCAAAACAGCCACCAGAUUAAAACAGUUUCCCUACGAACAAACCGACAAAUGUCGGGUUAUUUUUAGCUCACUGACUUCCCGGACCGUCAUCCUCCUCAUGGUAACAACACAUUGCUAACACACACUUCACCUCCACCAAAAACUGCCUCUCACAACAUGAACAGCUACCUUCAUGGCUGGUGCUAAUACCUUUGGCCCUCUCUGUUUCCACCCAUCAGCUACAGAUUUGUACAAAAAACUUUCAGUCACCUAUCAAGGAGUGAAUACAGUCGUGUGUGUCUGUGUCUGUGUGUGUGUGUGUGUGUGUGAGUGAGAGAGAGAGAGAGAGUCCUGAGUAUGUGAGUCCUUGUUUCCCUCCGUCCUGUGACAACGAGAGCUUCAGGUCGGUUCAAGAGAUGCCAAAACAUUCUCAGACUGUUAAAAUAAAACCUGAAAAAUGUCCUUUUAUCAUGAACUGAGUGCAGCCAAAUGAUUGUGCUCUACCUGCAAGGAAAAGAGCGCUUCAACAACUCAAAACCUGCUCUUAUUCUUAAAGUCAAGUGCCAACAUUUAUAGUUUUUCACCUGGUUGACUUUGGUCCAGUCUACAAUGUUUUGGUCUCCCUUUUGCAGCCUAGCCUCUGCCCCGUCUGGACAGAACCGAAACAAAUGAAAAGUUGCACUGUUAAAAAGUUCAAACAAGACAAAGUCCUGUACGUUAUGAAUUUAUUGUCAUAUGCAUUGAGAAGUAUUUAUGAGUGAUGUAAUGUUCUGCUUUAGGCUUGCACUUGCUAGAGCGUAUCACAUGUAUUUUUUAUCGCAAAAAUUAGCCAGAAUGAAAUUCUUGGUUGAACUUUGCUGAGUAGAGAGAUUAGAAGUAUGAAAAAAGAGGAAAAGAGAUGCUCUUAUAUUUGAGGUUGUAGUAACUGUAGGGAACUCCAAAGAUGGCUGGAAGCAACAUUUCACUCGAUAAGCAAUGACUUCACCAAGACGGUCCAGUCAGAGCGUCUGUAUGCAAGGUUUGAGAUGAGGACUUGAGAAGUCACAUGCUGGACUUGGAUAUGCGACUUUAUGAACAGUUAAUUGUCAUCUAAAGGGCAGACCAGAUAUGUCCCAGUCCAGAUCUUAAAGUGAAACGUUGCUUUUGCCUUCUUGUUGGGAAACUAUUGCUGAAGUGUUGGAGUGAUACCUGAGGUGGCACAAAGAAGUAUGUUUCCUUCUGCAGGACCUGCUGGGCUUACCUGGGCCAACUGGGUGAAAAGGAUGAAUUUGGAAAUGUUUUACAGAAAAUCAAGAAGACGUUUUGGUCAGCUGACUGGCCUGACCAGGUUGUUAGUUGUUAGUUUGGGAAAGUCCUAAAGAUCAACUUAACCAUGCAAGUUAAAUUGUUGGUUCUCAUUGGAAUUUUGGACAAGUCCGUGAUGGCACAAAUCCCAAGUUUUACCAGGAAACCGGACUGUCUGGGCCGGCGGACACAGAAUUACCCCCAGAAUCUCUGCAACACAACAAUUGGAAUGAAAUGUCCAGUCUGUAACCCCACAGACAGUUAAGACCCCUAAGAAGACCUUAAAAUGGUUUAUGGAAAGUCUGCGAUGGGAUAAGGUCAGUUGACUGUCUGAAAGACAAACUGUGUUUUAUGAGUCCCCCAAAGUCAGUGUAUGUUUGUUAAGCAACACUUAUGGCUGGGACAUAAAAGGAGGUGUGGGGAGUGUUACAGAUCUGUGGCUGUAAUUGCUACAAGCCUCCUCUUGAAGCUGGUCAGGAAUCUGAAUGUAAGAGUCAAAGAGGUUGAAGACAUCGGUCCUUGGAAGUCAGAGAUUGCAUUGCAAGUCCCAUUGUUGCCCAUUUCCUGGGCUGACUGGGAAAGAUGCUGGCUGAGUAAAAGAAAGGAGUUAAGUUCAGUUGAAGUUCAUGAUGGGAAAAAGGUCCCAAGCCCAGACUUUUCCUUCAGAAUCUGUUGGAGUGGUUGAAGAACUUUGGAAAGUUUUCCCAGCUUUAAAGUCAAGAUCCUCAAAAGAUUACUCUCAUCAAGAGAAAUGGUUUGAAGACUUUGACAGCAUCAAAACCCUGUUUUCCUCUAAGUGAGUCAGCUGGGUGCAAAGAGUUUCCUUCAGUUUUGUUAUUUGGAGGAUCUCUGAAGAAUGAAAAAUCAGAUCAAGAUCCAACAAAAUAACAAAAUGGUACAAAGUCAUUGGUUUCCGGUGGCCCCAGUCUGUCUGAGUUUGACCCGUUUGGCACACUUCCUUGAGGGGACUGAGCUUAGCUGAUACUGUUACAUAAAGAUAAGCCUUAGAGGACCCAACAGGGCCUUUCACCAACACAAGAUCAAGAACGAUAAGGAUUUAGGGAAAUGGUACAUAGUAAGUCGAUAAAGGUCCAGUUUGCCUGGUUUGGCUGAGUCCUCCAGAGUAUGGUAGACUGUCUAGGUGGACUAGGCUGAGGUGAUGCUGUUCAUGUUUCAUGAUGAGCUUUAGAGGGUUCAAUCUGGCCUCUAAGUCAGCAAAAAUAAAAACAAAACUUAACUUUUGGAGUAAACCAGAGAUCGCCUAAUAACCUUGUCAGGAAGAGUUUGGCCCACCGUCUAGACCGACCAGGUCUGCUAGACCCAGUAAUACACAACGUUGAGAGCCUUGGGUGGCUCAGUCUGGCCUUGGGUGGCUCAGUCUGGCCCACUUCAUUGGCUGACUGGUUGAAAAGAUCCAAAGAGGGUUUGAGGAAGUGUUCAGGACCAGUAAGGAUAAGCCCAAAAACUCCAGUUUGGCCCAGUUCAGACCUGCAUUCGGAACCCAGGUUUGCCAUUGAGGGUGGGAGUGGGAUUCUUUCACUGUGGAGCCGUGUUGCUCAAAAAACACAAAUCCAGAAACGGGUCAGAUAAUCAAAGAUUUAAGGAUCGGGAUUCGGGUAGCAGUGCCUUGACCUGAAAGGAUCAGUCUCGAUGUUACAGCGUUUUCUGAUGUCACUUCCUGUACCUGGUCUGUCCGUUGUGUUUGAAAGUGUUACUGUGUUUUUUUCAACUGAACGGCUGUCUGUCCCUGAUUUGUUGGAGUUUUAACGAUGCUCAAUCAGCUUUAAGGGAUGUUGAUUCACAUUCUUAUCAACCAGCAAUGAACCGGACCUGUCAAGACCAGUGUGGAGCUCAUACAGGUCCUCAGAAAGUCCAAGGGAACUAGAUAUCUCUACUUCGAGACAGAGAUCUGACCUGGACUUUCUGACAUUUUGACCUCUUUUGGUUGUGCUUUUUUGAGUCAUUCAAUUGACCGAAAUAUUUGGACUGUUAGAUCUCUCAGGUGACUGUCGUCUACCCUGAAUGUGAAUCACAUCAACAGGAGUAAAAAUGUCAGUACUAAAAACUAGUUUUGAAGAAAAAGGACAGUUUUCCUGCACUGACGGACGUAAAGGGAUCUGAGUUGGUUUUGGUGCCAGUGAGCAGUCUGAAGGUAACUCGACUUUAAUGUGACGAAAUGAAGAGACGUUAGUAUGACUGAGCUGGUUCAGGUCAAGCGCUGCAGUCUUUGUGAUGGUGGUGGUGCUUAAUUUCAAGCCUAGACUGAGAGUAGCUCUGUUUGAUGUCUGGGGUCCACUCUGAGGUCCAGGAUUUCCUGAAUCGGUGGAUGACUGGUUUUAAGACUCCCAAAGUUCGGAAGUCUUGAGGGAAAUGUCCUUUUGAGGUUUGAGCCCCCCAGUAGAGUGUUUCAGGUGCUUCCCCCUGUCUUGGAAGGAAUUCUGGGUAAUGCAGUCCUGUACACGAGUGGGAUUCUGACGUCAAACAGACAUUCAUGCUAUGUUUGAGUUACCUCAGAAGUCAGAAGUCCGAGCUGAAAACGAUGUGACACCUGAGUUACAAAGUCGGAAAAAAGCAAAAUCAAGGAGGAAAAGAGAUGGCUACAUCUACGAAAGUUAUUUUAGCGCAUGACUUGUCCGAAUAUAACGCAAGCUCUUAAAUAAAUUUCGUAGAUGUAGCCAUCUUCUGGCCUCCGAUUUUGCUUUUUUCUGAGUUGGUAACUGAAAUGCUGGAGACCCGGGUUAUGGCGUCAUUUUCAGCUCCGACAUCUGACUCGAAUGCAGCAUUAGAGCUCAUGCUGCCAUUUUCUGUUCUCACGGUGCAAAAAAACAAGAAUUGCAAUCAAAUGUGUGUUGCCAUCAAUGUUUUUUUACUAAAGCAGAUGAGUUUCUCUCAUCGUUGUCCUCUCUUUUUUUGGGUGGUUUAGUUCCUUUUUUUUCUUGUUGACGUCAGUUUUUUGCUACUUCAUACUUUGUACAGCUUGUGAUGUGCAGAUUUUAUGAUGAUGGUGAUGAUUAUUACUGUCGCUAUGAAGAUAUUUUAAGGUGUCUUGUGUGGAAGACACUAUCGGCUUCCUGCAUGGUUUUCCUGUGACUGUUUUUGUAAACUAUUAACUUAAAAGUUUUUUUUUUCUUUCCCUGUGUCUCGCUGGCUUUUGUGUUAAUUAGCACUUUACUCUUUUAAAUUAGAUUUUUAAUUCAGAGGGGCUAAAAAAUAAAACCCUUCCCUGUUUGCCCUAUGGUUUGGAAACCACAACAAUAAGUGAAAUGCACCUUUACGUUUCAUGCGUAAGUUGUAACUUCCGCCCCUUUUUUUUUCCUGGAGCCUGUUUUGUUUGUUUGUUUGUUUGUUUGUCUGUUGUGAAGAGAAACAGAAAAGUGUCGGGGGACUGAGGCCAGACUCAGAACAUUAAUGUGAAUCUAUUUUCCUACGCUGACCGACUGGAAUAAAGAAAGUGAAGUUCACUGGCUGAAAAAAA